UUAUUUCGCGUUGGAGACAGGACUUUGUUGCUAGAUGUUCUAGGUAAGGCUAGCUAGCUGCUAACAAUGGCUAACUGUAUUGUUUUUCAUACUCAAAUAGCCUCCGUCUUGGAGGUGCUAGCGAAUGCAGCCGUGGCAGAGAUCUGUAAACUCGUAGAUGACGACUAUGCAGUAUUUCGUUUGGAAAUAACCCAAAGCCAGAAAGAAAACAGGACAUUGCGGAGAAAACUACAGCUGCUGGAACUGAAGGUGGCACGGGAGCGCGCAGAGAGGACCAUUCGUCCGAGUAGUGUCAAGAUCCUCGACCGAUACAGAGGAAUGGCAAGAGGUGAAGGACAUCUCACUGGAGGCCACAGGAGGGUUGUGAAGCCAGCCGGACACAAUACAUGGAGAGAUGACCAACCAACCACUGUUGAUGAGGAGAGUGCAACCUCAACCCAGCACGUUAUCGUGAUAGAGUCUGAAGAUGCAGAAGUUGCAGGUCCUGGAGGAUCGUCUCUGGUCAAGCAGGAGAGGACUGAAGGAGAGGAUCCACUACACAGCAGAGACAUCCGGGCUGGACCAGCAGCACCUCCUGAAUACACGGAGGACCUCACUGCCAAACCCCAGCCCAGGGCCCGACACAGCAUUGCGGAGGAGGAGGGUCCUAAGGUGCUGCUGGGGAAGGAGGAGGGGUCUGAGGAGGGUCUGGGGAACCCUGAGUGGACCAUGGUCAUGGAGGACAACCAGACUACACCUCCUCCUGAACCCAUAGAGGAACCAGCUGAGCAGCACAGGACCACACACAGUCUCACUGAGUCGGUAGACAUGGAGGAUGGGAAGCCUGAUCUGCUACUAGUCAAAGAGGAGACAAUAGAAGACGAACCAGAGAGCAUUGACCUGCUGAGUGGACUAAAGAUGGGGGAGCAAGGUGGUUGGCUGGAGGCUAACAGAGGAGACUGGGCAGCCAUCUUGGAUUCCCAGACCCAGACGGGUGCAGCUAUGGGCCCAGGGGACAACAUCACCGAGCAGGGCUUGACCAGUGGCGACAUAGUGGAGUCUGCAGUCCAUGAGGACCUGCUGAUAUCCGGUGUUGCUGGCGGGAGAGACUGGACCUGUGAAAGGGCUGGUGUCAAACCCUGGGCCCGGAUCUUGACCCUGGAUCAGGAGCCUUCACUCUUCCAUCCCAAGUCGGAACCAGGACCCAACUACGAGGGACAGAGACUCCACACCACAGAACACAACCAGUGGACAGGUGGACUGAACAACCUCAGUCCUGGUGGUCAUCAGAGAGACAGAGGCUCCAGUCAGGGAUCCAGUCUGCAGCCCAGACCCUUCUCUUUACAGUCUCAUUGCAGGGAUGAAGCAGGGCCUGGGGCUGAUAGAGAUAGACCCUCCUGUUCCUAUGAUACAAACACCACAGUAUCCAUAAAGAACAGAGCAGGUCACCCUGGGCUUCAGCCUUUACAGAGAGCGGUGGGAGACCCCCCUGGUGGGAGUCUAAUAGGAAGUCUGUCUUCUCCUUCAGGGUCUCAUCUAAUGCAUGGUGAAUGGGUCCAUAGAAGGCCUGGGUCAAGCCUUCCUCAGGUACCUCAUGGUUACCCCACCAAUACAGACAGGGUCAGGAUGGGCGUUCACCACAAGAUGUACUUAACCUAUAACACAGGGCACCAUCCAAACAACACCCAAACAAUGGCUAGAGGUCAAGGAGGGAGCUCAAAUAUUAACCACCUGGGGGUGGUGGCUCCCGCUUCUACUUCCUCUGGUGUCAUUGGGUCACAACGUGGGAGGCAGAGCAUUAAGACAGACGCCGACAAGCCGUAUGCCUGCCCCACGUGUGGGAAGUGCUUCUCUGAGGCAAACUAUGUGAAGGAGCACCAGACCGUUCACACCAAGGAGAGACCCUUCAAGUGCAAACUAUGUUACAAGAGCUUCUCCUUCCGGAGUAACCUUAUCAGACAUAGGAGUGUCCACAAUGGGAAGAAACCUUUCAGCUGUACCCAGUGUCAUAUGCGCUUCUCCCACUCAUCCAACCUAAAGAGGCACCAGAGGGUCCACACAGGGGAGAAACCCUAAAGCUGCCCCCAGUGUGAGAACAGGUUCUCAUUGUCAAAGUGGAAAUGUGUUUUUCGCAAUUGUCUUUUAAGUCAAUGAGUAUUCAUGCCAUCUAUUAUGGCAAGCCUAAGUAAGUUCAGGAGUUAAACUGUAUUUAACAAAUGACAAGUUUUAUGGACUCAUUCUGUGUUCAAUAAUAGUUAUUAGCAUGAUUUUUCAAUGACUACCUCAUCUCUGUAUCCCACACAUAUAAUUACAUGUAAGGUCCUUCAGUUGAGCUGUGAAUUUCAAACACAGAUUCACACACAAACACCAGGGAGAUGUUCCAGUGCCUCACAAUGAAGCGCACCUGUUGGUAGAUGGAUUUUUUAAAAGCAGCCAUUGAAUAUCUGUUUGAGCAUGGUGAAUUUAUUAAUUACAUUUUGGAUGGUUUAUCAGUACACCCAGUCACUACAAAGAUACAGGCGUCUUUCCUAACUCAGUUGCCGGAGAAGAAAGAAACCGCUCAGGGAUUUCACCAUGAGGCCAAUGGUAACUUGAAAACAGGUACAAAGUGUAAUGGUUGCGAUAGGAGAACUGAAGAUGGAUCAACACCACUGUAGUUACUCCACAAUAUCAACCUAAUUAACAAAGUGAAAGAAGGAAGCCUGUACAGAAUAAAACUAUUCCGAAACAUGCAUCCUGUUUGCAAAUGUGGCAAAGCAAUUCACAUGUUGUGUUGGGUGAAAAUCCAAUAAAACACCUUACUGAGUACCACUCUCCAUAUUUUCAAGCAUAAUGGUUGCUGCAUCAGGUUAUGAGUAUGCUUGGAAUCGUUAAGGACUGGAAAGUUUUUCAGGAUAAAAAAAAAGAAGAAUGGAGCUAAGCACAGGAAAAACCCUAGUUCAAUCUGCUUUCCACCAGACACAGAGAUUAAU